UUGCCAAAGACUAGGGCAACAACGAAGUCCUACCUACUAGGUUUUGCAGCCAUCUUAUUAGGUCACCCAUUUAAAAUGGUAGAUCACAAACUCCAGUCCACCCCCCCUUCCCCCUCUCAUGGUAGGUGGUUACUUUCAUCUCAAAUGAAGGGUGUCUAUCUAUAUGAGGCUAUCUUGGGAUUGAAGAAAAUCUCUCCUUUGGCAGCACUCCUUACACCCGACCUUACUUACUACCCAUGCUUGAGGUCGGCUGUGCAUGUAUGACUGGAAAAGUUCCCCACCUUUACUCUCUCUCCCUCCCCCUAUAUCUUAUCUUAUAUUAACAGCUCGUCCCAAUAUCUAAACUGAGGGGCCUGAUGCAACGCAAAGUUUGGGACUGAAGGAUUCUUGAUGAGCAUCUCUACUCGACACCCCUCUUAGCAUCUGUUCUUUAGGUUUAACGGUGACUUGAAGGAAGGUAAGAUCUGUUGUUGAUGGUAAGAAAGCUUAUGUCAUUCUUAGAAGGAAAGAUAAGCCAUAAAGAUGAAGUACAUGAAACUUGGAACAAAGCCAGACACCUUCUAUACAGAAGAAGCUGUGAGAUCAGUGUUGUCAGAUGUACCAGCUGACCUUAUCAUACGCACUAAUAGCACGAAAUUCCUAUUGCAUAAGUUUCCGCUUCUCCUGAAGUGUGGCCUCCUCCAACGCUUUUGCUCGAACAUCGACAGCAACUCCGACCAACCGAUUUCCAUAGCUCUUCAUGAUAUCCCAGGAGGGGAAGAAGCCUUCGAGCUGUGUGCAAAGUUCUGCUAUGGAAUCACCAUCAGUCUCAGCGCCCACAACUUCGUGCAGGCAAUCUCCGCAGCCAGGUUCCUACAGAUGACCGAGUCAGUCGCCAAGGGCAAUUUCAUCAUGAAGCUUGAGUCCUUCUUCGAGUCCUUCAUCCUCCAUGGCUGGAAGGAUCCAAUUGUAACACUCCAGUCUGCAGGGAAGCUCUCAGGUUGGUUGGACAAUCCUAAGAUUGUGCAACCAUGCAUGGAUGCCAUUGUGGAAAAAAUCCUCACGCACCCAUCAAAGGUUACAUGGUCCUACACAUACACGAGGCCAGGCUACAGCAAGAAGGAUCGCCGGUCUGUCCCCAAGGACUGGUGGACCGAGGAUGUUUCCGAGCUCGACCUCGACCUCUUCCGAUCAGUAAUCUCUACUGUCCGGGCAACAAGGAAGCUACCUGCAGCACUCAUGGGGGAAGCUCUCCAUGUCUACGCAUGCAAGCACCUCCCGGACCCCAUGGAGGCCCAAGGCCAAGCUCAAAGCUCCACUGCCCGAACCGAAGAGACCUUAGCCAAGCACAAGCGUGUGCUCGAGUCCAUCGUCAGCAUGAUUCCCAGCGAAGCAGGCUCGGUCUCUGGCAGGUUCUUGUUAAGGCUGCUCAAGGUGGCGAUCUACAUUGGAGCCUCGCCAUCCACCAAAGCCGAGCUAGUGAGGCGGUCGGGCCGGCAAUUGGAUGAAGCAACCACAAGCGACCUCCUCAUUCCACUGCCUUCGAAUCCACAGGAGUAUGAUAUCGGUGCAGUGGAUGCAGUACUGGAGAAUUUCCUGCUGCAGUUUCGCCGACCGAUACCUCCAGAAGAGAGUGAGAGGAUGCUUGGAUCCAUGGCGAGGGUGGGAAAGAUCUUCGACUCCUACUUGCAGGUCAUCGCACAAAACACCGACCUCCCAGUGUCCAAAUUCGCCGAUCUUGCGGAGUCCUUGCCGGACAUGGCGCGCCAAGAGCACGACGGGCUCUACCAAGCCAUCGACACUUACCUGAAGGAGCACCCAGACUUGAGCAAAACGGAGAGGAAGCGGCUCUGCCAACUGAUUGACUGCCAAAAGCUGUCCCCCGAAGCACGCGCGCAUGCAAUAGCGAACGACCGCCUGCCCCUGCGCACGAUCGUGCAGCUCCUGUUUGCAGAACAAGAGAGGGCUCCGCCCGUUCGACCUUCAACUGAGAUUUCAGAGGCGAGGGUAGCUCCGGAUGACAGAAGAAGGCCGAGACAGGGGUCAGAUGGAAUGCUUGGGCACACAGGAGAGCAGGUGCAAGGUGGAAGGGCCAAGAGCCUGGAGAUGCGGAGGAUGGGGAGAUCGCCAUCGGAGUCCAGAAUGGCCAAGAAGAAGGAGUUGGCGGUGGAGAGAGCGGAAGGAUCAGGGAACAAGAUCAGAAUCCACCAAUAAAAAAAAAAAAAAAAAAAGCUGCAGCGGUCAUGAUACAUCCUCACUCGACCCCAACAAAAAAAGAAAAAGGUGAAAAAGAGAAACAAGGGAGGGAGAUCUCAGUGGGAACUUGCAAAGAUACUCAUGAUUUUUUUCUAUAUAUAUAUAUAUCCAGAGACGAGGAGAGUUUGUGUGGGACGUAAAUUUUGUAAUUAUUUGAGUGAGCAACGGAUGAUUGAUCAAAUAAGUUAGGAAUGCCAUUGCACAAUUCAGAGGGGAAAUUUGUUUGGACUUCUGCUUUCUGCUGUUUGAUCAGAGCCCUAUAUUUUUUGUUUUAUUUUAUUUUCUGGUAAGCAUGUAUAUCUCUUCUCGUCCAAACUGGAGUGUUGCUAUGUCUAUCUCCCAUCCUGGUCAGUUUCCAUCCAGAUUCAGUUUGGAUCCGUAUUUCUUUUUUCUCAAUAAUUAAAAUCUCUGUUUUUUAAUACUCAAGGGUAUGAUGGUCGGUCCUACGUUCCACGCGGAGUUUUCACGCUCAAUACUUGAGAGAGAUCCUUUAGACAUGUUAUGUAGCUCCUCCAUCUCUAUGUCAUCUCUUUUCUCUCGACUCUAUGGACUGUACUCAUGCUAGAUCUGUGUGAGCAGCUUUUAUACCAAAAAAAAAAAAAGAAGCAGAGUUUUCACCGUACAUCAGCAAGAGAUAUUCAUAUAUAUUGCAUAUAUACAGUAUAUGUAAAUGUAUUCAGAUUGGAAUAUAAAUAUACUUAAGCCUGUUAGCAAUAGUAAAUCGAAUCUUAUAUAUAGAAUCCGACUCUGAUAUGAUAAAGUUAUUGAAAAUUUAAAUUAAACUCAUACGGAUCAUUAAAUAAUAAUCAGGUUGGAUUUCCUGGUGCCAUUUUAUACAAGCACGUUCCGGCAAAUCAUAUUGAAAUAGAGAUAAGGUUUCCAGGCUACCUAACCUACUCAUACUUUUGUGCCAGAAAAGUAUUUAUCAUUACCAGUUAAUUGUUAUUAAAAAAAUAAUAAUAGUUUGGUAUUAUAAAGAGAAGGAAAUUAUGGCCUGCAAAGGCUGCAUGGUAGGAAGCUGGAAACCUUAGAUCACAGCAAUCAGGAAACAUGGUCAAAAACAUAGUC